AUGGUUAUCCAAGAAGUUGGUGUCAUGGUGGUUAAGCCCGGCAUCGACAUUAUGGACCCGGCCACUCCUGAGGGCAACAUCUUAUAUCAUGCUUGGAAAACCUGCAUUACCAAGCCUGGCGGCCCAUCUCGAGUUUAUUAUGGCUUGGAGGAGGAAAACCCAUUGAGAAUUUGGGGAUUUUUCGACUGGGACACUAUUGAACAACAUGAAAAGUUCGCCAUAGAGUAUGGAGCAGACGCAGUCAAGGACAUUCCCAAAAUCUGUACCCACGGAGAAUUUACGAAGCAUGUUAUCAUGACUCCAUCGUCUGAUGUAUUUCAGUCUCCUGUGACUGAUGUCUUGGUAGCCUACUUCCCUACGGACUUUCCCCAGACUGAAAAGGACAAGGUGGCUGUGCAACUCCAGGAUAUUCUCUUCAAGACAUUCGGCUCCUGCUUGGACGUUGCGAAGCUGGCUCAUGGCUGGGGCGUUGAGAAUGACUUCCCUGUGAAGGGAAAGGAAGCUGUUGACGGACAACUGGGAGCGCUACUUAUGGGAUUCAUUGGCUGGGCUCAUGAUUCUGCACAAAAGAGCCUUCGUCAGACCGAUGCAUACAAGGAGGUAUUGGCACAGAUCCAUGAUAUGGACGGACUGGUUAGUCUCAACGUUAUCAGUCUUCGAUGCAAGCGUCUGGAAAUGUAG